CAUAACAUUGUCAUCCUUGCCCACAGAUUCCAGAUUUUUCAUCAUUUAAUGAAAAAGGUAGUUGGAUGUUGUUCUUAGCUCAGCAGUUUGAGAAAUCUUCACAAAUCCAACACACAUUAAUUCUUGACACUCUCACUUUUCUGUCUUGUUCUUCUUACAGCUACCUUAAAUUCAACAUUUCCCCACCUAAAAAACUCAUCGCUACAUUACAGAAACAAACAUGGAGGCUCUAGUUAAGCUCUGUUUGGCAACUCUACUAGCUCUUCAACUUGUUGUUUUAAGUGCAUCGAAACAAACCUACAUAAUUCACACACACCACCACAAAAAGCCCGAGAAUUUCGCGACUCAUGAGGACUGGUAUCAGUCUCUCUCUGAGUCGCCACUUGUGUAUACUUAUACUACAGCUUAUCAUGGCUUUGCCGCCUCUCUGACCCCCUCUGAGGCUGCCGCUCUUCGUCGACAUGACUUUGUUAUUGGCGUUUAUGAGGAUGAUCGCUACGUUCUGCACACCACCAGGACCCCCGAUUUUCUCGGGCUGGACAGCGAGAUUUUCGCCGAGAAUUUCGGAGAGGUGGUUCGUGGUUCCGGGGAGGAUGUGAUUGUGGGGGUUUUGGAUACGGGAGUGUGGCCGGAGUCGAAGAGCUUCGGUGAUGAUGGUAUGAGUGAGGUUCCGCUGAGGUGGAAGGGCGGGUGUGAGUCACGAGUCGAGUUCGGGCCGAGGUUGUGUAAUAAGAAAUUAAUUGGGGCGAGGACGUUUUCGAAAGGCUAUAAGAUGGCGAUCAGGGCUCAUAAGAAUAAGACUAAGGAGGAGGCUGAGUCACCGCGUGACGUGGAUGGGCAUGGGACCCACACUGCCAGCACGGCGGCGGGUGCUCACGUGGCGAAUGCGAGCUUGUUGGGCUACGCCAGCGGCGUGGCGCGUGGGAUGGCGCCGCGAGCUCGCGUGGCGAUUUAUAAAGUGUGCUGGAAAAUCGGGUGCCUCGCUUCUGACAUACUCGCGGGAAUGGAGAGUGCGAUUCACGAUGGGGUGGACGUGCUCUCGAUGUCGCUUGGCGGAGGCUCUGUUCCGUAUUAUCGAGACACGAUUGCGGUGGGAACGUUCACCGCCGUCGAAAAAGGAAUACUUGUGUCCUGCUCUGCGGGAAAUGAUGGGCCCAAGCGUGGCUCGUUGGCUAAUUCAGCGCCGUGGAUUAUGACCGUUGGGGCCGGGACACUGGACCGGGACUUUCCCGCGUUUAUUAAUUUGUCGAAACGACGCCGUUUCGCAGGUAUUUCAUUGUACAGUGGGAAGGGAAUGGGUGAGAAGCCAGUUGGAGUCUAUUACCACAAUGAAACUACCGGGUCGGGUCGUUUCUGCGUGGAAGGUUCUCUGGACCCGGAACUGGUUCGUGGGAAAGUGGUGUUUUGUGAUAGAGGCAAAAAUGCGCGUGUUGAAAAAGGCCUGGUGGUUCGAGCCGCGGGGGGAGUGGGGAUGAUCUUAGCCAACACGGCUGAGAAUGGGGAGGAGUUAUCAGCAGAUAGUCAUUUGAUCCCAACAGUUGCGGUUGGAGAGGAAAUCGGGGAUGAAAUUAGAAAGAUUCUGACGAGUGAAGAGGGGAUCACAGCUGAAUUGAGUUUUGGCGGGACAGUUUUGAAUGUGAGGCCUUCGCCUGUGGUGGCGGCAUUCAGUGCCAGAGGGCCUAAUUUGGUGACACCGGAGAUUUUGAAGCCGGAUGUGAUCGGGCCUGGUGUCAAUAUCUUAGCUGCUUGGUCCGAAGCUAUUGCUCCCACUGGUUUGGAUUCUGAUAGUAGGAGGACUCAGUACAACAUCGCAUCAGGUACAUCAAUGUCAUGCCCACACAUCAGUGGUUUAGCAGCACUGAUCAAAGCAGCAAAUCCGGAUUGGAGUCCUAGUGCAAUCAAAUCUGCCCUCAUGACGACUGCCUAUACACAAGACGACACUGGAUCCCAACUCCGUGAUACAGUGGGAGGUAAAUUAUCCAAUCCAUGGGCUCACGGAUCUGGUCAUGUUAACCCUCAGAAAGCGCUCUCUCCAGGCCUCAUAUACGACUUGACAACAGAAGACUACAUCGCCUUCCUUUGCUCUUUAGACUACAGCAUGGAUCACAUACAUGCCAUUGUCAAGCGCUCAAAUGUCACGUGCUCCAAGAAACUCUCCAGCCCGGGCCAGCUGAACUAUCCAUCAUUUUCCGUCGUUUUCAGAGAAUCAAGACUAGUACGCUACACUCGUGAAUUGACCAAUGUAGGAUCUGAAGGAUCUGUGUAUAAUGUCUCUGUGUUGGCUCCUCGUUCAGUUGAGAUGACGGUGAAACCUUCUAAGCUUGUGUUCAAACAUGUGGGUGCUAAGCUGCGGUAUACUGUCACAUUUGUGUCGAAAGAGGAGACGGACGAGAUGGAAGGGAGAAGCGCAUUCGGGUCAAUCAGCUGGAACAACGCUCAACAUCAAGUUACAAGUCCGGUGGCUUUUGCCUGGAUGUAAGAAUAUUGUACAACAGCCCAAAAGGA